AAAAGAACUCAUAGUAUGCGUCUGUACAUUGAAAUUAUGAUUUUUCGGUUUGAGAUUCAGGUCAUUUUCUGCUAGUUCGAAUUCACUGGUUAGUGGUUUUCAAUGUUGUUUAUGAUGAUGUACUGUACUACUGUUUUCACUUUGAUGUGGAUUGAAGUACUUCAAGUGCUUGUUUAUUUUCCUCUGAGAAAAUAAAUACUCCCAGAUCCAAAUCUAUUCAUGAUAUCGCCUACUUUGCUAUUGUAGAAAACAGAGUGAUAGCUCCUAGAAUCUCCUUUAGAUGCCUCCGUUGUGAAAGCCUGACUUUCAUAACCCCUCCCUUCUAGUGACUUCAGCAUAAAGAAAAGCAUCACAUCUUCUAAAUAAAACACUGGUGAAUUAUUUAUGAAUCUCGCGAGAUCUGAAGCAAGAUUCUCCUUUGAUUUUCCUUUCAAUGCAAGCCUGAGAUAGAAGAGGAAACCCAGAGUAAGAGAUAUGGGAUGUUCUCAAUCAAGGCUAGAUGAUGAAGAAGCAGUUCAGCUUUGCAAAGAUAGAAAACAAUUUGUCAAACAAGCUGUUGAACAAAGAACUCGCUUUGCUUCGGGGCACAUGGCCUACAUACAGUCCAUGAAAAGGGUCUCAGCUGCUCUUCGUGAUUACAUCGAAGAAGAUGAGCCACGUGAGUUCUUAUUAGAUUCCUAUAUAACCCCAACUUUGACGCCUGUGAAGAAGAAAACCAAUCCUGGCUUCAUCCCCAUAUCAUCAAAACCCUUCAAACCAACAGCUAUAGAGUUUGCACCAAAUUCUUCAACACUGAAAGUGAACUACCUUAUGUCAAGUUAUACUCCAGCGGUUUCAGUUGAGGAGAGGCCUCAGUCACCAGAAAUGGUAAGGGUUGAAACGUAUUCCCCUAUGAACCAGCAGUAUGGUGUUGAUAGCUUUUUUGGUAUGCAAUCCUCACCUGUAAAUCCCUCAAUCUUUUCUUAUUCUCCAAACAACAGACCCAGUAUUCCUCCUCCUUCACCUCAAACGUCCCAAUGGGAUUUCUUUUGGAAUCCAUUUUCAUCAUUGGACUACUAUGGUUACCCGAACCGGAGUAGCCUAGACAACACAAGUAUGGAUUAUGAGGCCAGAGGAUUGAGGCAGGUCCGUGAAGAAGAAGGAAUACCAGACUUGGAAGAAGCUGAAACUGAACAAGAGGAUUUUAUUGGAAAGAGAAAUGUACCCGAGGAAAGACAUAAAGUUGAGGUAAACUCCUCAAGAAAAGAAGAAGUCAUAGUUGAAGACGUUGAUGACGACAACGAUGAAGAUGAUGAUGACGACGACGACGAUGAGGAAGAAGAGGGAACAGAAUGUGAAACUGAGACUGAGCAUGAAAUCAAAGACUCGCAAGGCCCUGGUGGCGCAAGUUUUGAAGUAUCAAAAGCACAAACUGCAGGUCACAUUGGCUCUAAACGUCAGGAUUUGGCCAUUGGCAAUCAACAAACUAAGGAAGAAACACCGGGUUUUACUGUUUAUGUAAAUCGAAGGCCAACAAGCAUGGCAGAAGUGAUCAAUGAUCUUGAGGCUCAGUUCAAGAUAGUCUGCGAUGCAGCCAAUGAUGUCUCAGCAUUGUUAGAAGCUAAGAAAGCUCAAUAUUUACUAACAUCUAAUGAACUCUCAGCAACAAAAUUGUUGAACCCAGUGGCUCUGUUCCGAUCAGCUUCUUCACGCUCUUCCUCCUCGAGAUUUUUGAUGAAUUGUUCAAGCACCAGGGAAGAUUACGAGAGCAAUAACGAUCUCUCAGAGGACUCCUGUAUGUUUUCCGGCAGUCAUCACUCGACAUUGGACAGGUUGUAUGCAUGGGAGAAGAAACUGUACGAGGAAGUUAAGUGUGGAGAACGUGUUCGAAUUACAUAUGAGAAGAAAUGCAUGCAACUCCAGAACCAGGAUGUUAAAGGAGUGGACCACUCUUCAGUAGAUAAAACAAGGGCAGCCAUUAGAGAUCUUCAUACCCAGAUGAUGGUUUCAAUGCACUCGGUUGAAGCUAUUUCCAAGAGAAUCGAAGCUCUAAGGGAUGAAGAGUUGCACCCCCAGCUUCUUGAAUUGGUGCAAGGGCUGGCAAGGAUGUGGAAAGUGAUGGCAGAAUGUCAUCGAACGCAGAAGAGAACUUUAGAUGAGGCCAAGAUUCUUCUAGCUGGAACUUCUUCUAAAUCAAAUCGCAGAAAAAAAACUUCCAUAUCAAUAACUGACCCACAAAGGCUUGCCCGUUCAGCCUCUAAUCUUGAGACUGAGUUGAGGAACUGGAGAGCCAGUUUUGAGUCAUGGAUCACUUCUCAAAGAUCCUACAUUCAUGCACUAACUGGCUGGCUUCUCCGGUGCAUGAGAUCUGAAUCCGACGUAUCCAAGCUACCGCCUGGCUCACCUCGCCGGUCCAGCAGCACUCAUCCAAUAUAUGGACUCUGUGUUCAAUGGUCAAGGCGUCUGGAUGCUAUCCAAGAAACAGCAGUGCUUGAUGGUCUGGAUUUUUUUGCUGCUGGAAUGGGUUCCCUCUAUGCACAACAACAACAGCUAAGAGAAGAUUCUAUGCAAAGAAAUCAAAUUGGAUCAAAAGAAUAUAGUGGGAAUGGGAUGGAAAUGGUGGAAGUUGGUCAAGUUGAAGAGGCAAUGACCCCAGAAAAAAUGGCUGAAGUUGCAAUUAAGGUGCUUUGUGCUGGGAUGUCAGUUGCUAUCAGCUCACUGACACAGUUUUCUAUUGAAUCUGCGGAGAGAUAUGACGAACUUGUUAAGCAAUGGGAGAAUGUUAAGUGGCAGCGUCCUUCUAAAGGAACCUGGAACAUGAUGUAGAUUACUGAUUAAGUUAGUCUUUUUGUGAGAUUAGUUUAUUAAUGAGUGUUAAUAUGCAUACAUAUUUAAGCUUAUCAAUACAGGGUAGAGCAAUUAGUCAGUUA